GUUUUCGCGGGAUAAUGCUUGCGCAAGUGCCAACUGGUCCAACCGGCUGUGUGUAUUACUCGUUGACACAAUCGCGCUCACAUUUUUUUAACAAUAAUUAUUACAUAUUUACUAAAAAACAACCAUCAUAAUAAUAUAAAAAUAAUUCUCAAUUAUUAUAAAUAAGUUUAUCGAUAUAAGCUCAAUCAUUAAAAGUUACAUCGUGCCUGAAAAAGUGUUAAAAAAGCCAAAAUAAAUUUGUGAAAUUUCACUUCAAGAAGAAAAAAAAAAAAUAAGUUCAACGGGCGUUUUCAUAUAGGUAUAUUAAAGUGAAUUGUUAACAACACGUGUAAUUAUUAUGUGCAAUUUGGAGUAAACAGCAUUUGGAUAUAUUUAUUGUAACAAAUAACAACAACAUCUUUAAACAAUAGUUUGUUUGUUGAUGAUGAUUAAAGAAAAAAUUAUUAUUUCUUUGAUUAAAAAAUGAAGGAUGAUGAUGCUGUUGUAGUUAUUGAUACUCGAGGCUGUGAUGAUCAUGAUGAUGAUGAUAACUGCUUGAAUCAAUUGGAGCAUCGUCAGAUCAAUCAAAAUGAACUUGAUGGAUAUGUCUAUCGAGGGGAAGGCAACGCCAAUCUCGUCAUAUCAUUACCAUCAACAAGGAGUGUAUUAAGAUUUCGCAAACUAACAUUGGAUUAUGAUGAUGAAAAUCAUAAUGAUAAUUAUAAAAAAAAAAUAAAUUUCGAAAUGAAAUUUUAUAAUAAAUUUAUUAAAAAACAUAUGAAUGGAUUUUCUAGUGUUGGCGAAUUAAUUUAUUGUCCAACAAAUAUUAUUGAUGAUUGGAAUAUUAAAGUUGAAGGAUUACGACCAGAACAAAGAAAAAAUAAAUAUAUUUAUGAAAAUAUUGCAAUGAAAUUGCCAGACUAUUCACUACUUCCUGAGUACCUUGAUGAUAAUUUAACAAGGAAAUCAAAUUAUUGCAUUGAAAUUAAACCAAAACAAGGAUUUGUACCUGAAGGAGAUAGAUUUAUUGAAAAAUGUCCAUAUUGUCUUACUCAAUUUUACAAGUUGGCUGUUGAAAAAAUUAAAGAAACAAGUAAAUAUUGUCCAUGUGAUUUAUUUUCGGGUGAUGAAAAACGUAUGAAAAAAGCAAUAUUUAACCUUGUGGAUUCACCUCAAAAUAAUUUAAUAUUAUUUAAAGAUGGUACACGUAUUUGGGGUGAUGGUUACCAUCGUGAUGAAUUAAAACGGUUAUUGACCGAAUGUUUUUCAUCGGAUGAUAAAGUCGAGGACAAACUGUGUAAUUUAAUAAUCAAGGCAUUACUACGACCUCUUUCAAAGCCUUCAAUUUUUUUAAACAAUAAUAAUUCAUUAAAAAAAUAUCAUAAUAAUUUAUUUGAAUAUUAUAAUAUUAAUUUAACUAAAUUUAAUAAUUUUAUUGAAAAUAAAAAAUGUAAUUUUCAGUAUAAUUAUUUACAAGAAGGUUGUGUUUUAGAUAAGCUAUAUAAAUUACAAAAAUUACAUGAUACAAAUUUAUAUGAAAUUUAUAAUAUUUAUCAAAAAUAUAGCAAUAUUAAUAAUGUUAAUUUAUAUUUUGAUAAUAAUGUUAAUGAUGAUAUUAUUAGAUUAAGAAAUUAUCUAUUAUUUUCAACAGCAAGAGAUUGUUCAAUACUUUUUUCAUUUCGUAAAAUUGAUUUAUGUGAUUUGUCAAAAUAUCCAGCAUCAAAUGUAAUAUCAAGCCAAGAUCAGAGUCAUCAUUUUGUCUUUAACAUUGGGGUCACAGAUUUGGAUCCAAAAAACCUCGAAAGUAUUAAAAAACAUCAUCAACAAUUUAUAAAUUCAAUCAAUGCCAUCAACAUAAUAAAUUAACAAUAUAAAAAAUCCAAAAAUAUAAAUAAUAUAUAUAUAUUUAUUUAUAAUAAAAAGUAUAUUUGUUAAAUGAAAAAAUAAAAAAA